AAAUUUCAAAAACUGAAAUAUUUAUUUUGGAAACACUUGCAUUCUUGCAUACAUAAGUGAAACGAGAUUGAAGAGUGAUUGCAAUUUGCAUUUUAGUAGCGUAUAUGCAAUUGUUUUUAUUUUAAUUUUUGUUUAAAAUUGCCAUUAUUCACAUCAACACAAAUAUUGUCUGUAAAUGAAUUCGUUAAAUUUGAAAUUUGGAUUCAGCUAAAUUGUGUUUAUGGUAGUUGGUCACAUUAAAAAGUGUUUGCGUUACGGCGGGAAAAUAUAGAAGCAGGAGCGCCUAUGAAGUAAUUUUACAGUUUGUAUGAAUAAUGCAGCCAUCAGAUGUAGUGACCACAAUCGUAAGGCACUAUUGUGCCCUGGGUGAGCAUCGUCUACGUGCGCCACACAAGACUAUUAGUGAUCAAAAGUUGCUUCGCUUCGCCAAGUAUCUGAAUGCAGACAUACGGAGUACUUCUCUGCUGUGUGAAAUUUGCUAUGACACGCUGCGGAAUGUCUACACAAAGAAGUUGCAGCAAGCAAAACAACUUCGACGGGAUAGAAGACGCAUUGAAAUGCAAACCAACUCCAUUUCGGACGCGAGCUCUAGUCAGCAUCAAUCACAUAGUUCGGCAGUUUCGGCACCGUCGACAACCUCAAAGUCAAGUCGAGAGCAACAAAUUUCCGAAACAUCGGCGGCCAAGCGAAGACGCGAGGAAGUGCAAGCGCCAUCACCUUGGGAUGACGACUCAAUGUUAAGUCUGAAUGCAGUAAAUGGGACGCGAUUGCCUCAUAUCCAACCAAUCCCCAAACGUCGCCAAAUUGACCAUUUGGACAAAAAUUCCAUGGAUAUUUAUCUGGCUGGCAUUACUGGUGGGUGACUGCUACUAGUCGAUCACGUCUCUCAAGGACACUUCAUUUAAUUUUGAAUUUCAAUUAGCAUAAUUAUGUUUAUUUUAAUUUUAAACUGAUAGCUUUAAGAGUAAUGAUAAUGCUAUUGAUUGUCUUUACUGUAACGUGUGCUAGAAACAAAUAAAGCGACAGUUUGAAAACUUUGUUAAUUAUAA